CUGAGACAUAGAAGGCGCUAUUUUAAAAUUGGUUGGCUUCCUGUGGGUCAUCAAUGUGAUGGUUAUAAUCGCCUUGACUACAAAAAUUAUGUGAAUUUUAGUUCUACUAAUAAUCACCUGGUGUUUAAUAAAAUGUUUCGAAAUGUUGGGCGUUUAUUUCGAUACUCUCUUGACAGAAGAUGUUCAAAUUUAGUAGAUGUGGAUUCAAAUAAAGUGUACGAUGAGUUGCUGAAGAAAUCAUACUUACUACCUGAAAAUGGGCAUAAUGUUGUGAUUAUUCAACCACAUUUAAAAGGUGUAUUUUACACUAGGAUCAACAACAGCCUAUCAUACUUACCUAAAAAUGAUCCCAAUGUAGACGAAGCUAUCGCUCUUGUGGAUUCAUUAGGAUUUUGGACUACCGUUGGUGUGAUAUUUUGCAAUGUAAAAGCCGCCAAUGCUAACAAAGGACCGUUUUUUAGUAAAGGUAUAUGGCAAAAUGUAUCAGAGUCUGUAAUUGCUUAUCGUGAUGGGAAACAGUCUGUUCAGACUGGUGAUACACUUCCUAACGAAAAAAAUAACUCAUCCUCUGAUCAUACAGUUAAAAAGCGAGCAACAGCAGUCCUCGUAAAUUGGCCUCGUUUAACAACACUACAACUGGCACUUAUGCAACAGGCCUGGCUAAUGCCUGUUUAUGAUCGUUACACCCUCGUUGUUCAGCUUUUUAAUCUUCGAUCUCGUACUCCAGAAGCGAAACUUCAAGCAAAGUUAGCUGAAAUUGGAUUGCUUCGAGCUCGUAUUCCAGCAUUUUUUGAAACACCUAAUAUGAUUAAAUGCUUGGUUGAUAGGUCAGAUUUCGCUACAAAGGAACGUUUAUUACAAAUACUUAAUCAAACAGAAGUUAGUCUUUUAAAUCAAUUGGAGAAAAUUUCCAAACAACGUAUUCAUCAUAGGCGUAAUCAUAGACGAGAUAUGGAGAAACAUCAUUUACCACUGGUUGCUGUUGUGGGAUAUACCAAUGCUGGUAAAACAAGUCUUAUACGCUAUUUAAGCAAAUCAGACAAACUUACCUCAUCCCCAGAAGUGUUCGCCACUUUGGAUAUCACACAUCAUCGAAGUCGGUUGCCUAUACUUCCAAAUAAAGUAGGAGAGAACAAUAUGACUUCUAAUCAGUUGUUUUCGGAAAAUGGCAGCCAUGGUGGUUGUUCUAAUAGCAUAGGAUUGCCUGGGAUACAAAUGUUACUGUUGGAUACAAUAGGAUUUAUGUCUGAUCUUCCAACUAAUUUAUUGGCUGCGUUUCGAGCUACUUUAGAUGAAUGUUUAGAUGCAGAUCUAAUUUUGCACAUAGUUGACGUAAGUCAACCUGAAUGGCAAUUACAAGUGAAUCAUGUAGAGGAGCUGUUGUGCAAUAUUGGUGUUAUAAAAAAGCCGAUAAAUUCUGGACACACAAACGAUUCCAAUGCAUUUGAACCACCUCAAGUGUUAAAAAUCGGUAACAAACUAGAUCGAAUGUAAGGAAAUGAAUCAAAUGAUGUGUACACUGGAUUUGAUGCAUUAAUAUCUGCUAAAACUGGGACAGGUAUGAAAGAAUUGACUUCAAAAGUUCAACUAGCUUUAAUGAAACGUCUUGGAUGGUUUUCGCGUACCUUGGAUGUUCGCCAAGGUGGUCCUAGUUUUCAAUGGAUUUAUUCUAAUGCUAUGGUCACAAGCGUGGACACCUCCCCUUCGAGUUCAGAAAGGCUUAGAAUAACUGCAAUAUUCACUCCUGUCGGUUGGAUUAAAUUUUGCAAAACAUUUAAAAUGGCAUCCUCUGAAAAUGUUUCGUAAUAUUUCUUAUAGUGAUAUUCUUCAUAGAUAUCAAACACUGUAUUUUUCUUCUUAAACCAUGUCCUUUUACAAAUUGUUUGACAUGUAAUGUUGUACUGUUUUCAUAAAUUAUUUUUUGUAAGAUUUGUUUUAACAAAAAGUAUAAAUGUCGACCACAUUAUUGUCUUCAGAUUAGGGUGUACAGAUUAAAACUAGACAAUUAUAAUACUGUAUAAAUUUUAUUCUGAAAUAUUUAUUUCUUAGUAUUAUGAACAUCUUUAUGUAUAAAAUUUAAUCAUGUUCUUUAUCAAUUAUUUUAAUUAAAG